UCAUUUUGAGCGCGUACCUGGGUGACUCUUGGGCUUCUCGGUCGUUGUCGGCUGUCCACUCCCUGCUCAGGUGCGGUCCCGCGCGCCUUCCGAAUUCCGCGUGAUUUUCCCCCUUCCUCAUCCCUCUGGGCCUUCUGCCCCUGAUCACCUGGGUUCACUGCGCCAUCGCUCGAGGCUACAGCCUGAGGAAAGAUGAAUGGCAGGGCUGAUUUUCAGGAGCCGAAUGCUGAAGUUAGAAGACCAAUUCCCCACAUAGGGGCUGAUUACAUUCCAACAGAAGAAGAAAGAAGAGUCUUCGCAGAAUGCAAUGAUGAAAGCUUCUGGUUCAGAUCUGUACCUUUGGCUGCAACAAGUAUGUUGAUUACUCAAGGAUUAAUUAGUAAAGGAAUCCUUUCAAGUCAUCCCAAAUAUGGUUCCAUCCCUAAACUCAUAUUUGCCUGUAUCAUGGGAUACUUUGCUGGAAAGCUUUCUUAUGUGAAAACUUGCCAAGAGAAGUUCAAGAAUCUUGAGAAUUCCCCUCUUGGAGAAGCUUUACGAUCAGGACAGGCUCGACGCUCUUCACCUCAUGGGCACUAUUCUCAGAAGUCAAAAUAUGACUCAAAUGUAAAUGACCAUUCAUCUUUUGUGACAUCUCCAGCAGCAGACAACAUGGAAAAAGAGUUAAUUCCUCACUAUGAGCCAAUUCCAUUUAGUGCUUCUAUGAAUGAAUCUACUCCCACUGGUAUUACUGAUCAUAUUGCCCAAGGACCUGAUCCCACCCUUGAAGAAAGUCCUAAAAGAAAAAGUGUUACAUAUGAGGAAUUAAGGAAUAAAAACAGAGAGGCAUAUGAAGUAACUUUAGCACAUAAGACUGAUCCCUCAGUCAGGCCUAUGCAGGAAAGAAUGCCCAAAAAAGAAGUCAAAGUAAACAAAUAUGGAGAUACUUGGGAUGAGUGAAAAAUGCAUCUUUGGACCUACUGAAGGAGUUUCCAUAUCCAGUUUCAUCUAGGUGGUCAUGAAUAUCUGCAUGCUUUGAGCUCAGCAGCAGUCUUCGUAAACACGUUUCAAACUAGAACUUGGGUUUUUCGUGGUUUGGCUUAUUAAAAUAAUGUUUGAAAAAUACACAUUUUAAUGUUAGUAUUGUGUGAAUGUAUUCACCUUGGGAAACUAUAUGAAUGAUGGUAUUAUACCAUGACCAGAUACAGUUUGUGAAAUUUAAGGACAAGGAUGCUCUUAUAAAACCAUCAAGAGAUUGUAAUGCUCUAGAGUCAGCAUAUGUGAAAAUAAAUGGUAAUUGCAUGUUGAAUUGGGGUGGGUGGGGGGAACAAGCAUAAUUUUAAGUGUUAAGCUUUACAUCAAAAAAUUGUUUAAAGGUUUUUCAGUGUUUGCUGUAUUAAUGUAUAUGGUAAAUAAAAGAUGAAAACAUGCAUCCUCA